UGUCGAAUGUCAAGUGUCAACCUAAAAAUUAAUUUCAAAAUUUAAAAAAUUAGUGAUGAAGAAAUGUUUGAAAUUGAUUCCAGCAUUAACUCGGAAAUAAUUUACAAUUAUAAUACAGUUAACAACAUUGAAGUAUUGGAUUCAACAAACGUUAGUUAUGACUUUUUCUUUCGCAAUUUUAUGUUGCCGAACAUUCCUUGUAUCAUUCAAAAUUGUUGUACCAAUUGGAAAUGUUCUAAAUUAUGGAUAAUAGAUGCUAAAAAUCUAAAUAUUAGUUAUUUACAAGAGAAAUACGGUUUGGAUUCAGUUUUUGUUUAUAAUUGCAAAGAAAAAUAUUAUAACUCACAAAAAUAUAAGACCAUUAAAUUUAAGGAUUAUUUAAGUGGACCUAAAAAUGAUGAUAUUAGUACAUCAUUUCCAAGAAGCGAAUAUUUAAAAAAUUGGCACUUAAAAUUAAAUCAUUGUGAUGAUAACUUUUAUGAGGUACCAAUCUUUUUUGCCUCGGACUGGUUAAAUGAGUUCUACAUUGAAAAUACCAAUGAUGAUUACAGAUUUGUAUAUAUGGGUCCAAAUGAAACUUGGACCCCAUUUCAUGCUGAUGUUUUUAAUUCAUACAGUUGGUCUGUAAAUGUGUUUGGCAGGAAAAAGUGGUUGCUAUUUCCACCUGGGGAAGAAGAAUAUAUAAAAGAUGAAUUUGGUAAUUUACCUUAUGAUUUAAUGCCAGAUGGUUCUACUCCAGCCGAUUGUAUUUCAAAUAGCAAAUAUUUUGAAGUCAUACAACAUUCUGGAGAAGCCAUAUUUGUUCCGUCUGGUUGGCAUCAUGAAGUUUGGAAUUUGAGUGAUACAAUAUCUGUAAAUCACAACUGGAUAAAUGGUUGUAAUAUUCAAAAUAUGUAUGAUGCGCUCCUCUCUAAUUUAUGUGAUAUUAAAAAAGAAAUUAAAGACUGUAGUGAUAUGGAAGACUUUGAUCAACAUUGCCAAAUAAUGUUGAAUACUUUAUUUGGCAUGGAUUUUCAGAUCUUUUAUGAAUUUUUAAAAUUUAUAGCUACCAAGAGGAUUGAAAUGAUUAAAGAUGAGUCUGUAAGAGUUUUAUUUCAUGGUUAUGUUGUGGGAAUAAAUCACAUAUUAUUUGACUUGAAGGCUAUUAAAAAAAUUUUGGAAAGUUUUAUGAACCUGGAAGAAAUUAAAUUAUUGAAAUAUUUUAGUACAGUUGACAAAUCCCCACAAAUGUUAUUAAGGGAAAUUAUUUUAGUACUAGAGUCAUUGUGAUACACGUAAAUGUUUUUUUUUUAUGUUAUUUUUAGGUUCAGCAUGUAUAGUGUAUAUAUUUUACAAAUAAAAUGAUAUAAUAG